AUGCAAUUGAAUUGGAGUUUGGGUUCAGGGGUCUCUGAAUUGGGGUCCCGCUCAAAUUUUUUUUUUGAUGCGCCACAGGAGUAUCGUGUGGCCACACGUUCCCCUCUCACUUAUGCACCGCAGCAACGAAAAAGUGUGAAGGAGUGUUUUAGUGCUUACGGCUACACGAACCCUGUCGACCUGAACGAUCGCUUCUCUUCAACGGAUGAAAUACAAGUCAUAAAACACCAAACUCUUCUCCCGCGACUACCCAUUCCGACUGUAGAGGAAACUUGCAUUCGCUUUCUUAAAUCCAUUGAGGCAAUCGCAACCGCUGAGGAGUACUUUGUUGCUGCGAAACUUAUCGGAGAGUUCAAGGCGGCAGGGGGCAUUGGGGAGAAACUCAAUGCCCUUCUUAUGGACUGGGACAAGCGGUGUGGGCAACCAAGUUGGUUAGAAGAGUUUUGGGAUGACGCCUACCUCUGCCCACGUGAUCCUAUCCCCAUUAAUGUAAACUAUUUUUUUGGCUUUAGUGCUCACCCAGAGAAGAGUGCCAUGACACAAAUUGGGCGUGCCGCAAGUCUGCUUUAUGGCGCGGUGGCCUUUCAUCUGGAUUUCCGUUUUGAGAGGCUGUUGUGUGAAUUUGAGCGAGAUCGACCUAUUUGCAUGUGCCAGAACCGAUUCCUUUGCUGUACGUCUCGGGUGCCCGGCAGAAAACGUGAUCGCAAGGUAUGCUAUUGUGAAUUGCCUGCUUUAUCAAAAGACGAAUUAGCCUCUAAGAGUGUUGAAUAUGUUUUCUCGGCACAUCCGCCACAGCACUGUAUUGUUAUUCAACGCAAUCGUUUCUUUUCUUUAAAUGUUGUAAAGGACGACGGCAGUAUUGUGGACGUGGAGGAUAUUGUGGUGGCGCUAAAACUCAUUGAAGAACGUGUGGUAAGUCAUGAGGAAGCGGGUCCACCGGUUGGACUGCUGACGACGAUGAAUCGUUCAGCAUGGUUUGAGGCACGCGAGCACCUUAAGCAUCUUGGCAACUACGAGACGCUGCGAGCGAUUCAGUCGGCCAUCAUUUGCGUGGCGCUUGAUAGCGUGGAGGUGAUAACUUCGGAUGAGGCCGCACGGAUCUUCCUUCACGGCAGCGGCACCAACCGAUGGUUUGAUCGACACAACAUUAUUGUGACACGUGAUGGUUGGGCGGGUGUGAACUGGGAGCACUCCGUCGCGGACGGCACGGCAACGUUGCGUCUGGCGGAUUGCAUGUAUCAAUCGGAUUGUGAUCAUGUCUUUACAGAGAGUUUGAUUGCAGAGCUGUCGACAGACGAGUCUCGACGCACGCGUGCUUCUGUGCUUAUUACGGAUU